AUGAAUGGAUUGCAUUCCAGUACCAAGCCAAUGAAAGGGUCGCCUUCCUUGACUCUGCUCUUGGCUCCUCCCUCUGUUGGCAUCGUGGCUUUGGAUACCUUCGACGGGGAUCCCACAAAAUUCAACAACGCUGCAGCCAUGGUCUUGGGCUGGAUUUUGGUACUCUUCAUGCUAUUUGCUAGGAUCGGACCUGCGUUUGUGAGAGAACCGGGUGUUUUGGGGGAAUACUGGGCGUACGUAUUUCCCUUGGCGGCAGUCGCCACGGCUUGGAUUCGAUAUGCCUCCGUGGUCAACACUACCGCGGCGACGAUUGUGGCUGCCGCUUUCAUGAGCGUCGCCAUUGUUGCGCUGGUCUCUGUGCUGGCAAGGAUGACAAUACACUGUUUUCAAUGCUUUCGAGGCCAGGCUCAAUGGGGCGAUCCCCUCUUGGGGGUACCUUCACAAUUGAGCCGCCCCGAGCCUACGGCGACAAGGCCGCAGCGGUUUCAGGACAACGUAAUCUAA